AUGUCAUACACCGGUUUUACUGGAGGCUCUUCAGCUUCAAGUAGCGGAUUCCAAGGAUCAGCCUCGGCAUCCCCAGAUUCAACUAGCGUCGCGAGAUCUUCCUCUACUGGAGCUGGAGCACCGGGUCCGGCGGUUCCGGUUCCGCCAGGCGCAGUUGGGUUCCCUUUUGGGCAUAACGGGCCACCCAGCACUAACCACGCAGCUAUUGCAACUUCUACUGGAGCUGGAGCACCGGGUUUGCCUCAGGCGCCAGGGCCGCGUGCUUUCUCGCAAGCGACCUACGGUGGGCAAAAUGUGAACGGAUCAAUGCCAAAUGGAAAUGCGGCCAACAAGAUUUCGUGGGCACGCAAACAGUCUGAGUACUUGAUGAUUCAAAUCUUUGAUUUGGUUCUACGAGUGAAGAAAUAGUUUGAGCUCACUCUUUCUCUACCCUGUAGUACUAUGAUCAAAAGAUCUGUUAGUCGUGACGAGUUCGAUGCAAAUACAUCAAUCAUGAUCAUCCACGAUUGACAAUUUUUAUCCUCAUCUUUUUCAAAAGAUGACACAUGAAGUCCUCCUGUAACUACACUUCUUGUUCUAAUUAUUCGUACAUCUACUUUCAGGCCUUCCGUCGUAGUUUCCGAGAACAAUGAUCGAGGGAAGGGUCUGCUUUUGGCACACGGAAUUACCGUUGUGGACCCUGGUCGCUCUUCUAGCUAUGCGGGGUCGGCGAGCGGGUCCUCUUCCAGCAGUCGGGAAGAAGCUAGUGGUGGUGGUGGUGGACUGAAGAUGUUCAGCGGCACAACUUCUAUUCCACCAGGUGCAGCAGCAGGCUCCUCUUCCGCGAGAACCACGGCCAGUAGCAACAGCAGUAAUUCGUCCGCGGCAUCGACAAAUCAUGGGAGGCGCAGCUCAGGAGCGUCUAGCUCGGGCAAGAAGUCCUCUGGUGGUACUAGUUCUUCAGGAAGGAAUGCGGGGCCCUUGGACUACCCAGUGAUCUGCCUCGAACGGGGCAUCGAGGUCUGCACGACGGAAGAGGAGAACCGAGUAGAGCUGCGACCUCGAUGGAAAGUAGCGCAGAUUGUAGAACUCAGAGGAGGUCUUGCGCGCGUCCAGGUAGUGGCGAAUCCUUUGUCCGCGGAUCACGGUGUAUCAAGGCUGGCGCCGGAGCAGCUACCCGGGUCGACUUUCGGCGCGGUGCUGGAUGGCGGGUACAGCCUCAGUUUUUGGGUAGACCUCUACGGCAAUUGCGUGCAGCCAUUCGGGACCCACACCGUGAAACCAUCUACUCGCAGACCUGUAUGGAGUUUUCUGCAUCCCCCGAACCCUCCACACAUCACAUGCGGAAAUCCUCCACACAUGACUGGGGAGUCUUCUGCUUCCCCAAUCGAUGAUAAUUUUAGCUCACCCAGGAGUAGAAACGUGUGCACGUGGGAAGGUACGUGGAACGCAGAACAGCAGGACGGAGAUGCAGACGACGAGUCACGACUUGACUUCAUCGAUAGAUCACAGUUAUUUGCGGGAUUCUAGAAUAAGGUCCUUUAUCCAGCAUCAGUCUUAUGAUGAUGCGAUAUAUGAAUCUAGGCUGACGCGACCAGGCUCAGCUUGAAGUAGGCUUUUGGUAAUAAACAUGAUUCACUGGAAGAUUAACUGUAAUUCGUGAUGAAAUUUGAAAUGAAAAUUGACAAGAGUAGAAUUUGAGAAUAUGACUAAGCAGGCUGAUUAUGGCUUUUUCGAUAAUGCAAAGCAUUCCAUGAUCGGUAUCAUGGAUGAGGAUAUUUUUUUGGGGACAUUGAAGACAGUUAUUGCACAGACCAUUGGAGGAAUUCGCUGAAAGGAAACCUUGCUUUCGGUGCAUCUUAGGAUGAACACUUACUUGUAACUACUGCAUGUUCGAAUGAAUACUUACUUGUACCUACUACUUGCGUCAAUGAUGUUUAUGUUAUUCGAAUGAUACGCCAAUUGAAAAAUGAAUACCUACUACUUGGAGCUACUACUUGCAUACUCAAAGAAGUCGAACCUUAUGAUGGUGAUACAGGGAUUGAUUAUACCACAAAUUUGUUUUAAGUGAGUCGUUUUCAUCAUGCCAUGUAAUCAAUGCUGAUUUUUUCUUCUGGAAACAAAUGAACCACAAUCCAAUGAAUCAGUGAACAACAACAACAACAAUGAUAUCUCAUGCUAGAAGAUUUCGGAAUUUGUCGCAAAAGAAUACAUAGGACUACUGCAACCAGUGCUUAGAAAUGGACCCCAAUUAUAAGGUGAAGAGCUCAACAUUUUAACGCGGUGCAAAAACGAUGAGAAAAGAAAAAUGUUGAUGGAGCAAGCAAAAGAACGAACAGAUUAUCAAAAAGAACGCGGAUGCAUAUCGUAGAAACAUUCAUCUGCUGAAGAUGUAGCUAGAGAAGAUGA